GUGGUAACCCGGAGUCUGCGGAAGUGUAGCUGCAGCAGCACCGCAGCUGAGACAGGUAACCUGCAGCUCCGGUGUCAAGCAGCCGCUCCGGGUUAUGCGGACCCACGACCUCUGGUGGGGUGAGCAGGGAAUUGAAAGUUGUGGAAAGAUAACGAGUGCCAGUGGGUGCUUCUUAUUUGGUAAACCAGCCAUUUGUGAUUCUGAGCUACUACAGGAGAUUAGAAGCUUCAGCUGAGAUUCAGCAAAGCUACCAACUGCAGACUACACCAUGGACAUAAAGCUGGACCCUUCCCGGGAUGAUCUGCCUCUCAUGGCCAACACCAGCCACAUGCUUGUGAAGCACUACAUACUGGAUUUGGAUGUGGACUUUGGAAAUCAAGUCAUUGAGGGCAACAUAGUGCUUUUCUUUGGAGAUGGAAACAGAUUUAAAAACCAGUCGCGUUCUACCCAGGAAACCUUCCAGAUGGAGUCAGAGGAGGCUGACAUAUUUAGGACAGCUGAACCCUGCCAUGUUCCUGAGAUGGAUUCGAGUACCUUCUCACCUAAGAUGGGACAUAGAGAAUGUGCAGUCUGUGGUAAAGGUGAUCAAGAUGCCUUUGAUAACGAUGGUAACCAUGACAACCAGGAACGUGAUUCUGAGAUCUCUAGCUCAAAGUACUGCUGUGACACAGGGAAUCAUGGGAAAAGGGAUUUCUUGCUAGUGUUGGACUGCUGUGAUUUAUCUGUGCUAAAGGUAGAGGAGGUGGAUGUGGCUGCUGUGCCAGGCCUUGAGAAAUUUACUAAAGCUCCAAAGCUCUUGGCUACUCCUGAGAAGCUCAGGUGUGAGAUUGUCCGUGACCUUGUGGCUCUGCCUGCAGAUGCUUGGAGGGAGCAGUUAGACUGCUACACUCGUUGCAGCCAGGCUCCUGGCUGUGGGGAGCUCUUGAUUGACUCUGACAAUUGGAGCUUACGGAUCAGGAAGACGGGGACUUCGACACCUGCUGACUUUCCUCGUGCCAUCAGAAUAUGGUAUAAAACUAAACCUGAGGGGCAGUCAGUAGCUUGGACAACAGACCAGAAUGGCAGGCCAUGUGUUUAUACUAUGGGAUCCCCCAUCAACAACAGGGCCCUUUUUCCAUGCCAGGAACCACCCGUUGCCAUGUCAACAUGGCAGGCUACAGUUCGAGCAGCUGCAUCUUUUGUUGUUUUAAUGAGUGGAGAAAAUUCUGCCAAGCCCACACCACUUCGAGAAGGAUACAUGAGCUGGCAUUACUAUGUGACCAUGCCAAUGCCGGCCUCUACCUUUGCAAUUGCAGUGGGGUGCUGGACAGAAAUGAAGCCCAAGGCAUCCCCACCAGAUGAUCUGAUGACUGAGCACUCUCUCCCCCUCUCGCCAUCGGAAGCGGACUUGAGGUAUGAUAACACCUGCAAUCAUAUGGAAUACCCUUGCAGGUUCCAGAGUGCGUCCGCUGCCUCCCAGGACAUCAUUCCUUAUCGAGUGUUUGCCCCAGUGUGCCUUGAGGGUGCCUGCCAAGAGGCCCUGCUGUGGCUGAUCCCUUCUUGCCUCUCAGCUGCACACUCUGUCCUGGGAACACACCCUUUCUCCCGGCUGGACAUACUCAUUGUCCCCACCAACUUUCCAAGUCUGGGAAUGGCCAGCCCACACAUCAUCUUCCUCUCUCAGAGCACCUUAACAGGCACGAGCCAUCUCUGUGGGACCCGUCUUUGCCAUGAAAUUGCUCACUCCUGGUUUGGCCUAGCCAUUGGGGCCCGAGACUGGACAGAGGAGUGGCUCAGUGAAGGAUUUGCCACGCAUUUGGAAGAUAUAUUUUGGGCUGAGGCACAGCAGCUGCCCCCCCAUGAGGCCCUGGAGCAGCAGGAGCUGAGGGCUUGCCUGCGCUGGCACCGCCUGCAGGAUGAGCUUCGGAACUCCCCAGAGGGAAUGCAGGUGUUAAGACCCAACAAAGAAGAGACUGGCCAUGUGAGUGCUUCAGGUGCAUCUGUUGUCAAGCAUGGACUCAAUCCAGAGAAGGGCUUCAUGCAGGUUCAUUACUUAAAGGGCUACUUCCUUCUUCGGUUCCUAACCAGAACACUUGGAGAGAAAAUUUAUUUUCCGUUUUUAAGAAAAUUUGUGCAUCUGUUUCAUGGGCAGCUGAUUCUUUCCCAGGAUUUUCUUCAAAUGCUGUUGGAGAACAUUCCAGAAAACAAAAGGCUCGGCCUGUCUGUUGAGAACAUCGUCCGAGAUUGGCUUGAGUGUUCCGGAAUACCUAAGGCGCUGCAGGAGGAGCGCAAGGCCGAGGACUGCUCGCCGAGUAGGCUCGCACGGCAAGUAGGCUCCGAGGUGGCGAAAUGGAUUCGAGUCAACCGCAGACCCCGAAAACGCAAACGAGGGAAGCGAGAAGUCGCCUUUGAAAAGCUUUCUCCAGACCAGAUCGUCUUGCUUUUGGAGUGGCUCUUAGAGCAGAAGACGCUGAGCCCUCAGACACUGCACUGUCUCCAGCAGACUUACCAUCUCCCAGAGCAGGAUGCAGAGGUUCGCCAUCGAUGGUGUGAACUGGUUAUUAAGCACAAGUACACAAAGGCAUACAAUCAGGUGGAGAGGUUCCUACUGGAGGACCAGGCCAUGGGCAUAUACCUGUAUGGGGAGCUGAUGGUGAGUGAGGACGCCAGGCUGCAGCAGCUAGCCCACAGGUGCUUUGAGCUGGUGAAGGAACACAUGGACAGAGCAUCGGCCCAGGUGGUGACUGAAAUGCUGUUCUAAAGAGGUAAUUCUCUUUUCUUUCUUCUAACCAUCCAUGUCAAUUGGUAAGCCACAUGAUGAGCCACAGCACCAGAGGGCUGCCAAACGGUCUUGGGGAGGAAGCAGCAAGGUGGGUCCUCAGGAACAGGAAGAAGGCUCAGGAUCUCUGGAGCACCUCACCUGCUGGAAGCAUGGGUGUGAAGCAGGUACAGCUGAAGGAGCAACAGAUCUGGCACUGCUUUAGCCACCCUGGAUUUUGCACAGGUCCACAGGCUCCAGGGUCAAGGUCAACACAGCGGUCCAUGGCCUCAUUGCUCCAGGCUUCAGCAUGCAGGCAUCUCUCCUAGAGGCUGUGUAAACCUGAGACUCCUUGGCCUCUGGUUCUCUGACCUGUAGAGUAGGCAGCAGGUCUUCUCUGCCCCUCCAUCCAAGUGACACUUGCGUCCUAAAGGCAAGUCUGUUUCCAUCUCGUGCUGGAACAGGAUUUACGCUGGCUCCCAGAGUCCUUGGCUGUGGUGUAACUUGCCUCCUCUGUAGCCAGCUUGUGGACCAGUAAUGCAGUUCAGCCACAGGGCGUGGAGUUCUGAGACAGGUGUGGGCUAGUGCGUCUCUUUCAUAGUCGCCAGUCAUCAUCUCUACAUCAUCCCAGGACAUUAUCGCUUGCCAUGGUGGUACAUAUGAUGUUUACUUUUGUAUAUGUUUGAAAUUUUACAUCAAUCACUGUGUUACUCUGUUGUUCUCUAUGAUUACCAAUUAAUGAAUAUUUAGAAUUGUGUUGCUAAUCUUAACCCAUUGUCAGACAUUAAAUUUACAUUUUCACAUUUCACUUUUAUAAAACCCACUUCUGUGUAAUGUUUAUUUUUCUGAAGAACUACACUGAUGAAGGGAAAACAUGUUACUAUGUAUGACCAUGUUGUUGCAGAAGAGCUGGGGACCGCCACAGUCAAGCAGGGGAGAUAGUGGGCUGGAGUAAGCAGGUACAGCCUGCUAAGCCUGCACACUACAAGCUAGGACGGUGGCCUGUGUGGAUAGACAGAGUCGGUCGGGGCGCCUCUUCACUGCCUCCUGCAGACAUUUCUCUAGAAACUUGUAAGCUGAGGGAUUGUUGGUAUGUGGUGUGUGAAGGUCACACAGUAAAGCCACUGUUCCCUUUUUAGGUCCCUAGGCCUUCACUUAGGAAAGCCAUAGUCACAUAGUGGUCCUAGUGACUCUUCUAAGAGUAUUUUUGCCCCCUGAGUGAGCAAAUCCUCAACUUGCUAGGUCCCCUAUGAGCUCUGUGCUAUGCCUCAGCUUAUCCAACCAAAUGCUUGGUCACAGGCAAGCCAGAGAGAUGCUCCCUCCCUACACACCACACCUGCUGUCUGAGGGGCCCAGAGACAUCCCAACCCAUUCAGUCUGCAAUUGGAGAACAGGGUGUGUCCCAGGGUUAAAGGCCACAUACUCAGAGCAAGGAUGGUCCCUAAGGUAUUGGUCUCAUAGCUGAUAAGUGUGUCCUUUGUCUCCCAGUCCCCUAUGCUCCUCUAUACAGUGCAGCCAGCGCGCUGAAGGACAGCAGGCUGCACUGCUAGCGUGGUGGGCUCAGAGGCGGUUUGGAGGACACUCAGCACAUGUGGAUGGGAGUGGUUGGGCAUGGUGCUGCCCUCACCUGCUCUGGCUGCUUGGGUUCCUGGCAUGCUGAUUUGUGACUUGAGAUUAAAAUCACAUUGCCAGGGAUUACCACGCAACCAUGACCUUGGCUGCUCCUGCAGAACCGUGGCUACUUUCUCUCUGCAGUUUGGAGAACAGAGGCGCCUUGUGGCUCUUUGGAAACAAAAGAAGCCAACAGCCUUCGAAGAUGCUCACCAGCCCUUUAAUUAUGGCCGGCGAUGACCUCUCUAACAAGGUGCAGAGCUUAGCUGAUUGGUGAACAGUGAUUGGUUUCCGCUUUGUUCACAGUGGCUAAGUUCUGCACCUGAAGAGAAGGUGAGAUGGGGACAGUUAACUUGCAGCUGCCAGGCAGAGGCCACUGCCUGGUGGUCACUCCAGAGGAGGAGAGACCAGCCUGCCUCAAGGCUGUGUUGUCAAGAGUGCAAACAGCGUGCUGACCACCCUUAAGUGUGUCUACAGAAAAUACAGUUCUACUGCUAAUUAGUUCACUGUAAUGUCAAGUGUAUUGGGAGUCACAGAAAACUAAACCCAGGUGCAUCAAGGAAACUGAGCCAACCUUGUCUCAGCUGAUGCCACACGUGAUGGGUGGGGGUGUGGUUCUUUGUCCCUGCUGGGCGUGGUGAACUCUUUCUUGUAUUUGCAGUCCAGGUCUCCAUGUCUCCACAGUCGCUGGCAAGAUGAUGCCCAGGGCACGCCAGGAGGCACUGCCCAGCUGUGAUUGGACCCGCCCUCCGGUGCCUACUGAGCUGAUAUCAGUUCUCAUUUCACACACUGGCUCAGUUCAGCAGGAACAGGAGUCGAGCCCUUGAGCAAAAAGCCUACCCAUCUGUAAGUGCCUGAGGCAGGCCUCCCACGGAGAAGAAGAUGAAGGGCCUGAGUGUCUGGUACCAGACCCAACAGCAGUGGUAUCCCUCUGUAUGUGCUCCCGAGGUGGGGAUUUGUAGAGUGCAGAGCUAACCUUGGAAAGUUUGCAUUCCCUAGAAGCAGGUAGGGCAGGCGCUGAGCAUUUGCCACGUGUUGGGGCAGAGCACACCAUGUCACCGCUGCCUUGAGCAGUGAGAAUGCCUGUCUGAAGGGCCUUGUCUGUAGAGCCUUUCUGAACCUCUCUGGGCUUCACAGCCCUGCAUGGCCUGUGCCGUGACUGUGCACCCCAGACCCAGGAUUGUGAGGUGUGGCUUCAGUGUUGCCCCUGUCCUCCCAUGAAAAGUUCCCUCUCAAGUGGAGGUCAGAGGCUGGGAGGACUCCUGUUGGAAUGGCUGUGGUGACUGGGUAAUAAAUUUUAUUGCUGUUUCCUCCACAGGACAGAUCACAGUGAGAUUCUCAUAUACCUUCUCCUAGCCCUGGUGGGGCCAGGACUGCACUGACCCUGGACAUCAAAGGGAGGAUUAUGUGGCUGCUAAGGCCAUCAGCCCACAGCAGUGGUUGGUCCAUCUUGGGCUUCCAGAGACUGGGCUCCCGUGGCAUAUAUAAAAGGCGGAGCCUCAUAAACUGUUGCACCUGGCAGCUGCCUUUGUUCCCAGUCCUAGAGAGACUGAGUCUACACACUGGAAUUGAGCUGUGACUUUAAGGCAGUCAUUCAAUGAAGGACACCCUCCCCUAGGCAGAUGGAGAGCCGGUUGCCUGCUUCCUGUGAUUGCAAAAACUAGCUGCCAUGCUCUGAGACUGCAGAAUCAUGUGACACCUCCUGUGGCUGGUCCCCAAGGAUUCUGCAAAGCCCUUUUGAUGUGUUCAGUCAACAGAGCAUUCCUGUUUUUGAAAAUGCAGGAAAGCCUAAAAUGUCUUAAUAAAGUACCAGAUUUGCUAGUGUUCCAGUUUGCUUCUGAAUUUGAUGCUCCUUAAAAGCAAAGAAGAACGUGUGUCAGAACAGGCACUUUCCACACACUUCCUACCUCCAGGUAAUGUUAAUUCUAAAAAGGUUGGAAGUAAAGGGAAAUUAGUGUGGCUUGGGACUCUGCUCUCUUCCAAAUGUGGAGUUUCAGCCAGCCUGGUACUAGCGGAGUCUCAGAACAAGCUCUAAGCUCUUUCAGUCACUGUCUAGAGAACGGUGCUUGAGACUGAGCCAUCAGUGCAGUCACAUGAGCCCAGCCAAGGCAGAGCGGUGGACAGAGGAACCAGAAGGAGCAUCCCACUGGCUGGCCAGGCUUCUGCACCCAGACCUGCUGGGUGACAAAGGCUCUAGGACAGACUGAGAGGAGCGUCCGCACAGAACCAUUGGUUUUCAGAGCCUGGGCUGUAGCAGUGACUGCAUUUGGAUGGUUGCAGGGGACUUGCAAAUGGUUAUCUGCUUUGUAUACCACAAUGGUACAAGUAUCAAAGUGUGUUAAUUCUACUUAAUGUUACCCUGAUUUCUGUGAAGACUUGAAAUAAAUGGCUGAGUCUAUGCCUUCCUGCUCUCAGAA